GCAAGUGGAGAGUAUGGCGAGUUUACCUAUAAGCUCACCCACUGCAGUGAGGUGUGGGAAAUGCGACAAUCUUGGUCCAGACAACCACCUUGCGGUGAGAGCCAAGCAGCAAAUUAUUGUAGCUCUAGACGAUGAUGAGCCAGAGAGUCUGGGGGGGGUAGCAGUCCACUUGGAGUAACUAAGGGGGAUGCGAUGGUCAACAUGCCCCAGCUCGGCACUCUCUUCUUGCUUCUGAAGAUGAGAGUAUUGAUGAUAUUCCUAAUUCCUUUCCCACAUCUGGCUGGAAGCAGUUUGUCAUUCUGUUCAAGAGAAACUUUCCUCUCUAUUAUCAGAGAUGGGAUGUUGACGAAGAUGCGUAUCUGCUCUCACACACUGAUUGGUUUGCUGAUAGGACUUCUGUACUAUGACAUUGGCAAUGAAGGAGGCAAAGUGUACAACAACUCAGGGUGCUUAUUCUUCUGCAUGUUGUUCCUGAUGUUUACUGCCAUGAUGCCCACCAUUCUUACAUUCCCCCUUGAGAUGAAUGUCUUCAUCAGAGAACAUCUUAAUUACUGGUACUCUCUCAAAUCUUAUUACUUGGCAAAAACCAUGGCAGAUAUGCCCUUUCAGGUAUUAUACCCACUUCUAUAUGUUUUGCUGGUCUACUUCCUAACAAGUCAACCUUUGGAAGCUCACAGAUUUUUCAUGUUCACUACAAUGUGCAUAAUGACAUCAUUGGUGGCUCAAUCUCUUGGCUUGGCUAUUGGUGCCUGCAUGAAUAUACAGGUAAAAUUGUUAGUUCUUUAAGUUUACCCAAUUAUU